AUGAUUGCGAAAGAUCCGAAUCCAGCUGACGGAAAACAAUGGCAGAAAACCCAUGCUGCCAAAAAAGCUGAACAAACAAGCAGAAUUCCGAAGGACUGGGUUUUACCAGAAGAAAAGUUUCCAGCCGAGACAACAGUCGAUGUUCGUCCUGUAGCCGCGUCCUCUGGCAUUCUGUCCGACAGGGAAUUGAAAAUCACGGGCGAGCAAUAUGACGCGACCUCCCUUGCUGUCGCAAUUGCACAGGGUCAAUUCUCUGCAACUGAAGUGGUGACUGCAUUCGCGAAGCGCUCUGCUAUUGGCCAUCAGAUCUGCAACAAUCUCACUGAGAUCAGUUUUUCCGAUGCUCUUGAAGAUGCCAGAAAGCUGGACGCAGUUUUUAAGGCAACUGGAAAGACGAUAGGACCGCUGCAUGGUUUGCCAAUGACAUUUAAGGAAUGUUUUCACUUGAAAGGGUAUGACGCAAGUAAUGGAUACAUAUCAAGAACGUUUGACGCAUCGACAUUCGACACUCCUCUUAUCGCGCUUGUGAAAUCUCAAGGGGCUGUUGUUCUAGCGAAGACGAAUACCCCGCAGACAAUGUUGGUUGCCGAAAGUCACAACAACGUCUUUGGUCAAACCAGAAAUCCAGUCGUCAGCCAUCUGACUUGUGGAGGUAGUAGCGGUGGUGAGGGUUCAAAUAUGGCCUUCCGGGGAGCUGCUAUAGGCAUUGGGACAGAUGUGGGAGGGUCGAUCCGUAUUCCCGCGGCAGCAAACGGUGUGUACGGAUACAAGCCUUCCUUCGGAAUUCUUCCUAUGAUAGGGUAUGCGGCUUCUGGUUGGGUAGGAGCAAACACGGGGAUUCCAGCGGUCUGUGGCCCUCUAGCAAAUUCAGUGAGAGACCUUCGACUUCUUACUCGAGUAGUCCGAGAUUCGAAACCAUGGUUAUUUGACCCAGCUGUUAUUCCCAAUGUCAUGGAAAGAGGAACAAAAUCGAGAAGACCGAUUAUUGGGGUAGUUCGCAAAAGUGGGUUGACACCGCAUCCUCCCGUGUGUAGAGCUAUCAGUGAAGCUGUGCGAAAGCUCACCACAGCCGGUUUUGUGGUCAAGGAUUUUACACCGCCUGAUUUCAAUGAAAUUAGAAAAGUGACGAAGGAGCUCUUCACGUUGGAUGGUCUUUCAUACCCAAAGGGCCAACUUGAGAAGGCAGCUGAGCCUGUAGUCCCGUCAGUGGAGGCGAUCGGAUUCUGGAGUAUCCCAAGAAAGACCCACGAAGAAGCUUGGGCGUUGAAUGCCAGAAAAUUGGCGAUUCAGAAGCAGAUGCUUGACAGCUGGCAAAUGGCUGGCAUUGAUAUUGUGCUUGCUCCAGCUGGUCCUCACACCGCGGUCCGACCAGGCGAUUGGACUAAUGAUAUGUACACCGUUGCAUGGAAUGCAGUGGAUUAUCCGGCUGUAGUGGUUCCAUUCACUAUGGCUGACCCAAAGUUGGACCCCGUGGACGAGAAAUUUGUUCCGAUGCAUGAUCUUGAUAAGAUGGUUCAGGAGCUCUAUGAUCCCGAGUUGAUGGCAGGUGCUCCGGUGGCCCUUCAGCUUGUAGGCCCGCGACUGGGCGACGAGCAAUUGUUACAAGACGUCGAAGAUAUUGACGCCGUUUUGAACAAUUAG